AUGGCUACAAGCAAGGCAUUUUCAUAUAGCAGUGGGGAAGUACGUACCUCAGAAAAAUUAACUGUGUCUAAUGGAUGCUCUACAUUAGUAUUUACCAAGAAAGCUGAUAAUUCGGUUAUACUUGAAUAUGUACCAAUUAAUCAUUUGACUAGUAACAGUGGAAUGGGUGGUGAUGGAGUACCAAUUUUCAAAAAUCUUCAAUCAAGUGAAUGGAUAAAAAUCAUGGCUGCGUAUGAAAAAGCUAAAAGUCGAGGAAGACCUGGUCAUAUAGGACCUAAAGGCACCACCGUUUUUCAAUAUCAAUCUGAAACAAUAUCCGAUGGUUUUAUAUUUGACCUCCACGUUUCCAAUACCGAUUUAAUUAGGUUUUUUUAUAGUUAUAUAUAG